GUUUAUGACCUUGACUACUACUUGCUAUAGCUAGUUUAUGGCAAUUGCAGCAACCAUGAGCCUUAACCCAAACGAUAACAGUAUCACCUCCGCCACCACCACCACCACCACCAAAGAUGACCAUGAACAAGAUAUGGUUAUGCCUGGCUUUCGCUUCCAUCCUACUGAAGAAGAACUUGUUGAGUUCUACCUUCGCCGUAAGGUUGAGGGCAAGCGUUUCAAUGUUGAGCUCAUUACUUUCUUGGAUCUUUAUCGCUAUGACCCUUGGGAACUUCCUGCUUUGGCAGCAAUUGGAGAGAAAGAAUGGUUCUUCUAUGUGCCUAGAGACCGAAAGUAUCGAAACGGCGAUCGACCCAAUCGUGUAACUACUUCUGGCUACUGGAAGGCAACUGGAGCUGACAGGAUGAUCAAAACUGAGAACUCCAGAUCAAUUGGGUUGAAGAAAACCCUAGUUUUCUACUCUGGAAAAGCUCCCAAAGGUAUCCGAACAAGCUGGAUCAUGAAUGAAUAUCGUCUGCCACAUCACGAAACUGAACGAUAUCAGAAGGUAAACAACUCUGCUGAGAUAUCUCUUUGCCGAGUUUAUAAAAGAGCUGGAGUGGAAGAUCACCCAUCUCUCCCCCGUUCACUUCCGUCGAGAGCUUCGUCGUCGAGAGGAGCUCAAUCUGAGAAGAAAAAUCCUCAACAACUUUCCAUGGAAAGAUUUCAACCAUUUGGAGGAGUACAAUCUCAGCAAAUAGAGAUGGAGAAGAUGAGUGAAACAGAUGGAAGUAGUAGCUCAGAUGUCACUACUGCAUUAGGACUCUCCAAGAGUACUAACAAUAAUAAUGCGUACAAUCCAGUACCUACCAUUAAUACAUCACUUGGAUUACCAGCUGCAAUCGAAGAAGAAGAAAUUUUUCUAAAUCAGUCUAGACAAGCCUGCUCUUUAGUCCCUAACAACACCCACCUCUUCGCCGGCUCAGCUUCGGCUUCGUCCAACCCAGUUGAUGAUCUUCAUAGACUAAUAAAUUAUCAGCAAGCUUGCAUUAGCCACCAUCAGCAGCAACAAUAUUACAAUCUCCAUCAUCAACAACAGCAGCAACCUUCACAAUUCUCUAUCAUGGCACCGCAAACACAGCCGCUGGCUCUCAACGUGCUACCCAACUCACUGCCGGCCGCCUUUUCGGAGAGAUUGUGGGAGUGGAACCCAAUGCCAGAAGCAAAUAGAGAGUACAACGUUAACAAUCCAUUCAAGUAAAUCAAUGAACUGCACACAUACAUAUAUAAAAUCAUAUCUAUGAUAGUUUAGUUAGCUAGCUGUACUUUAUAAAGUUUAUAUUGCUGGUGAUGGUCCCAUAACUAAUCAAUCAAUCUAUCUAUAUAUAUAUAUGUAGGUUCUUUCUAAUUAUCAACUCUAAUUAAUGUCAUUAUGUUUUGAUCAAUUGUCUGAUAUUGAUUAUAAUGUAUGAUCUGUUUCUAUAUUAGGGUUUUGGAUUUAA